AAAAUUAUCUGUAAGAGCUUUUAUUAUUCUCCAUUAAAUCCUUCUUUUAACACCUAAAAUGUUUUCUCUGUUUAUUUUGGUUUAGAAAACAACAUUCAUCUGCAAGAAUAUGAUAAGCAGGAAGAAGAUAACAAGUGUGAGGCUGUGGGAGUAGAGUCAGUUCAAUCUGAAGACAAGGACAAGAUCAAACAGCAAAUAAAACUGCUUUUCAGAAGACUCAAUCUUAGUCUGAUUCAACUGAAUUCACAAGACUUUCUGAAGGUAACACCAGCGAUGUUGCAGAGACAUGAACCUUAUGAGGAAAAGGACUUGGUUCAAACUUUCAUACAGCAACUCCUGACGAUGGAUUACAGAGCAAGAUACAUUCAAAUAAAAGAAAGAAAACAGCUGAAGAGACACAGGACGAUUGAUGAGGGGAAUAAAAUGCAUCCUCUUCACCCAAUGGACAUUCAGAUGGCAGUGUUUCUUCAUGCAGAUCAUUUUAUUCGUCAGCUCAUAGUAACCAAACUCUCACAGUGUCAGUAUGCUGUUCCUCUGCUUGUACCCAAUCCUUUCAACCAAAAGAUUGAGUUUCCAUUAUGGACCUUUCGACAAAUCAAGAAGAGUUGGAAGUUAUAUGAAAAGAAUGAAAGCAAAAGUCAGGCAAUCUAUCAGGCAGAGACGCCUAUGGUUGCAUUUUUUAGGUUGUCAGCAGUUUCUACAUCCAAAUCUCAAAUCAUGAACAGUUUGAUCAAUGAACGGCAUGAGACUUUCUUUCACAGGCACUGCCGGGGAAGCAGCAAAUCUCAUCUGCUGAUGGAUGGAGUUGUUGAGAUCGCCUGGUAUUGCCCGUCUGGAGAGAAGACGGAUAAAUUUACGGAUUGUGUUGCGUUCUGUAAUCUUCAUGGUGAUGCACAAGCUCAUGAGACACAGCUAAAAAUCCUCACUGAAGAGUCCUCCAUAAAUGUUGUGAUUUUGCCUCAUCUGGAUAGGAGUCACAGAAAAAUAACAAUUGUGGAAGAGCUGUACAACAACUCAAAGCCACUUAUCUGCCUUCUGACUGAAGACGAAUCUGUUGUUACAGAGAUGCAAAAAGGGAAAUAUACAGUCGGUUUAAAAAAUAGAAAUAAAUUUAAUGUGUCCGAAGAACUGAGAAGAACCAUCAAUGAAUGCCUCUCAAAAACAAUGUCCAAAUUUAAACUUUCAGAUAUGGUCAAACACUCAGAAGUCAAAGUAGAUGAGAAUGAUGAAGAGUGCAAGAGGGCCCAUGAGAUGGCAAAGCAGAUGACAACAUUACUAGAAAACAAUGAACUCUCUAAAAUUAAAGAAACAUUUCUGCCAUGUCAGGGGAAGUUGUGGCACGAUUGGUGUCAGAAGAACAAAGAACUACAUCAACCUCAACGAAACAACAUUGAUAACAGCCAAAAGCAAAUGGAAAUGUUUAAAAUCAGAGAAAAGCAGAAAGAAUCUGGUGUGACUACAUUUAUGAAAAUGUUCAUUAAAAAACUCGAAUCCAGCAAUGAUAAUGAGAAGCUGUAUUUCAUCAGAUGGCUUGGGUUCCUGCUGGAUGAAUAUACUUCAGAAGACCUCUUAACACUUCAUUAUAAAUAUGAUCAAAUAUGGUCAAAAGUUUUGGAUUUGAAAAAGAAACAUGAUAAAUCUGAGCAACUGAAAGAAGAACAAACACAACUUGAGAAAAUGUCUGAAAAACUCAAUGAAGCAACAUUUGGCUUGGAACACUUGCUGAGAGAGAUUGGCCAGAUAUAUGAAUCACAUGAAUCUGUCAAUAAAGCAACAGGAUAUCAAUUCAAUGUUAGUUUUCUCCCACGACUUGCCGCCGAGCUCCUGGUUUCUGGAUACCCAAUGGAGCUGAUGGAUGGUGAUGCAGCUCAUGUUCCUCUGAUUUGGGUUAAAGCUGUUCUAGAUGAGCUUAUCAAGAUACUAGGAGACCAGAGAGUCUUUGUCCUGUCUGUUUUGGGGAUUCAGAGUACUGGCAAAUCCACUUUGCUGAAUGCCAUGUUUGGAUUGCAGUUUGCAGUCAGCGCUGGCAGGUGCACCAGAGGAGCCUUCAUGCAGCUGGUCAAGGUGUCAGAAGAACUAAAAGAUUCAAAAUUUGAAUUCCUUCUUAUUGUUGAUACUGAGGGUCUUCGUGCUCUUGAAUUGGCUGGUAGGUCAACAAGACAUCAUGAUAACGAAAUGGCAACAUUUGUGUUCGGUGUUGGAAAUAUGACCUUGAUCAACAUAUUUGGUGAAAAUCCUGCAGAGAUGCAGGACAUCCUUCAGAUUGUUGUUCAAGCCUUUUUAAAGAUGAAGAAGGUACGACUGACUCCAAGCUGCAUGUUUGUGCAUCAGAAUGUUGGAGACAUCACAGCCCGUGAGAAGAACAUGGAAAGAAAAAGACGUUUACAAGAGAAACUGGAUGAGAUGACUCAGUUAGCUGCUAAAGAGGAAGGUUGUGAUGUUAAAUGUUUCAGUGAUGUCAUUAAAUUUGAUAUAAAGUCUGAUGUGCGGUAUUUUGCCCAACUCUGGGAGGGCAGCCCACCUAUGGUUCCACCCAAUCCACGCUACAGUGAAAAUGUGCAAGAACUUAAGACCGCUAUACUCUCUCAUGCUUCUGAAUCUAAUGGUGUAACACUGGCACAAUUCAGAGAUCGUAUUGGUGAUCUCUGGAAUGCACUUUUGAAUGAAAACUUCCUUUUCAGCUCUAAGAAUACACCGGAGAUUGCAGUGUACAGAGCAUUAGAGGAAAAGUGUGCAAAAUGGACAUGGAGUCUCAGGAGUGCCAUGCUGGAGAUUGAAGAUGAACUGUAUAACAGAAUCAACAACAGGCAACUGGAUAAAGUUGAAAGUAUAGACCUGGAGCAAGAGAUGGCCAAGAUUAAUGAAGAGGUGAAAAUGUCCAUGAAGUGGUACUUUGAAGAACAUGGAGAAAAAGACAUACUGAUUCAAUGGAGAAUGAAAUUUCAAGAGAAAAUUAAGGACCUUCAUGGGGAGCUUGUUAGAGAUGCAAAAAGAAAACUUGAUAACUUGAUUUGUCAAAGGGAUGCUCUCACCAAACUUGAUGGGGCGAUAACCCUGCAUGAGCGAAAACUCUUUAAAAAAAGCAAAGAGCUGGGUUUGAGUCUUAAACAUAAACUUCUUGAUGAGAAUGAGCUGAAGACAACGUUUAAUGAAGUGUGGGGAAAGUGGGUCUAUGCGCUGGCAGGAAAUGUUCGCCCUUACAAAGAAAUUAACAUAGAGAAUGAUAUAAUUGCAAUUCUAGGUGAAAUUCAUGAAGACACACUUGUGUGGGACAGAUUAAACAAAUUUGAAAGCAUAAUUCAAAUGACUGAUUUCUCCAUAUAUGUAAAUCCCAUUAAACAAUUUGGGAUCCAUUUAGAAAACGAGCUAUUUGGCCUUCCAUCAGAAGAACAACAGUCAAUUAAAAAUUUGGUGCGAAGUAUUGUUCGUGAAACUGAAAACCAGGUUAAGUCCAAAUCAGUUGCAAAGAUGGGUUACAACAAAAGCUACAUUCAAGAAAUUGCCCAAUCUGUAAAAACAAAUGUAGGAAACCACAAGUGCCUUCACACCCAGUAUGAAUUCAAGAAAGAGUUCACAGUGGAUUUGACUCUCUUUGUGAGCAGGUCGGCAGGUAUGAAGUUUGCAGAGCUCCAUCAGAUGUUCAGAGAAGCUAAUGAUCCAUUGAUUUAUUUAGAGAAAAAGAAACAUGAAUACUACAGUGUCUUUCAAGGUUUCUGCAGAGGUUUAACAUCUGCUGCCGUUUUUGGGACCUUGAUUUGUAAUAAACUGAAAGAAGCCAUUCUCCAAAGUGUCUACAACAAAACUGCAUAUGAUCUCGUAGGAGAGAUGCGGACAAAUAUUCCUGCUUUCAAAGGCAACAGAUCCAACCUGGAGAAACACAUUCUGAAAACCCUAGCAGAGGAGGAGGACUUUGACAAGUUCAUUGAGUACAUUCAUAAUCCUAGAGACCACUUUGAAGAUUUUAUCAAAACUCAAGUUGAAGCAUAUAUAACAGGAGAGAAUUCCUCAGCUCUUGCAAUGGUAAGAGCAAACAUUAGACACAAGGAGAACAGCAUCAUCACAGCUGCUGAAACCGCAACAGUUCAGGUCUUGAGGAAAAGAGGAGAUCUAAAUAUGUGGCUGGACGUUUUCUCAAGCUGUCUGAAAGAUGAGCUUGAAUACAAUAAAGAUCAUCUGACUGGUGACAGCUGUCAGGACAUCACUGACUUUGAACUUCUAGAAGAGGUUGUAAAGAAAGAACUUCGUCACAUCACAGAAGACUUAAACGGACACCUAAAGAAUGCAUCUGAUAUUAACAUGACCAUGUUCAGGAAAUCACCAGAUGAGAUUUUGAUUGAGCAUUUCUGUAAGUGCUGUUGGGUUCAAUGCCCCUUUUGUAAAGUUGUCUGUGUUAAUACAAUAGAAGAUCAUCCUGGAGAUCAUAUUGCUCCCUUUCAUCGAAACUGUGGAAUGAGAGGGUUGACUUACAGAGGUACUCUUAAUCUUUGCUUGGAUUUCUGCACAUCUUCAGUGGCGAGUGAGAGUUUGGUUUUUUACCCCCGUCAUGAUUCAGAUGAUACAGUUUUAUGGAAAGAAUACAAAACAGCAGGUCCUGAGUUUGAAAGCUGGUGCAUCACACCUAAUCAUUCAGAGCUGCCAUACUGGAAGUGGUUUGUGUGUCGAUUUCAGAAUGAUUUGGAAACAUACUAUAACAAAACGUUCGAAGGGUGUGGUACAAUUCCAGGUAAUUGGAGAUCCUUCACAAAAGAGGAAGCUCUCGAAAGUUUGGAUAUAUAUUUAUGAAGUCAGAAGCAGAUUUUUACUGGUAUAUAAAAUAUGUAACAUAUUGCCUGGUCCAUACACAAAAAUACAAUGAGAUUUUUUUUAAUGUUAAGUGUAGACCUAUAGGUGGAUCUAUGUAAAA